CCACUGCUUAUUUCAAGCAUUCCUCACGAGAAAACUAGGCAAGCGCAUACAUUCAGCUUAAAAGUUUCGUCUGUUAUUUUGCGAUAGUGAAACGCCAUUUGUAAUGCUUUGAAGGUAACUUGAUCAUGUUAGAUUUUUCAAAAAUACGGUAAAGAUAUGGUAUUCAUGUUGCAAAAAACGACAGGCAUAUUUUAGAAAUGUUUUGGAUGGAAUGGUUUGAAAUUAGUUUUUUGUCGGAAUGGAUUUUGGGACAAACAGCGUCAUUUUUAUUUAGGUGAAGUAGCGGUUGCAUCAAAUGAGGGAGGAAACUAGGCCUAUGUCUCUACAAUAGAUAGGCCUACCAUGGAAGAGCUUAGAUAUUUGGCGGACGUCGGUUUGUUCCACGGUUAAACCGCAUAAGUGUAUUCUAUGUUACACUCAAGAGAGAACGUUUUCCUACUGCUUCAUCACGUUGUACAAGGAUGGUUCCAAAGCGAAAGCACCAAAAAAGCAACUUCGCCCGGGUCUUGUAAUUCAAUUGAUGUGAUAGAUAUUCGUGAGUGUAGGCUAGCAUACGAGGACAUGUGUGUAUGUAGGGGUAUGUGCGCCCUUGCGCAUGCGCAUAUCUACUGCCAUCGGUCUUGAACGAACGUCAACCUCCGCCCAAUCACAUGUCCCUUUUUACACCAGACAGUUCUUCCAUUGAGGCUGGACAGCGUUAAGCCAAACCUGACUCGAGCUGGACCAUCUGCGUCUUUUGCUGGUAUAAUUGGACAUCUGUUGGUUCAGCGCCAGUCAGUCCCGUUUCUUUUUGAAAUGAAGUUGACACACGGGGUAGAUGGAGAUGCCUCGGAACUGGACCCCCCGUCGAUUAAUCCCUUCGUUCACGACGUCAAAUUUAGCCUCUCAGACAAAAUCAAGAUCGGGCUGAUGUCGGUGACGGUGUUCCCGGUGCGUGUGCUGCUGACGGCGUUCGUCAUGCUGCUGGCCUGGCCCUUCGCCUUUGCCGCCUCCCUGGGCCGCUCGGAAGGCGCCGUGGAGCCCCAGUCCUGCUGGAGGAGGCUGGUUGACGUCUGCCUGCGUGUCCUCAUGCGAUCCUUGUGGUUCUGCACUGGCUUCCACUGGGUCCGGGUCAAAGGGACGCCCGCCCCCCCUUCCCAGGUGCCCAUCCUCACCAUGGCCCCCCACUCGACCUACUUCGAUGCCAUCCCGGUUACCAUGACGAUGAGCUCCAUCGUCACGAAGCUGGAGAGCAUGAGCAUCCCUGUGUGGGGCACCCUGAUCAGCUACAUCCGACCAGUGCUGGUGUUCCGCACUGACCAGGACUCCCGGAGGAAGACCGUGGAGGAGAUCAAGCGAAGAGCUCACUCCAGUGGGCAGUGGCCCCAGAUCAUGAUAUUCCCAGAGGGAACGUGCACCAACCGAUCAGGUGUGAUCCGAUUCAAACCAGGUGCAUUCAUACCAGGACUCCCAGUGCAGCCGGUGGUUUUGCGGUAUCCCAACAAACUGGAUACUGUUACAUGGACGUGGCAAGGCCCUGGCGCCGCCAAGAUCUUCUGGCUGACCCUGUGCCAGCUCCACAACUCCAUAGAGAUAGAGUACCUGCCCGUAUACACACCCUCUGAGGAAGAGAAGAGCGAUCCUGCGUUGUUCGCUAACAAUGUCAGGCAGGUCAUGGCAAAGGCGCUGCAGCUGCCACUCACAGAUUUGACAUUGGAAGACCUGCAGUUGAGCCUAUCACAGGGGCCUCUGUGUAUCGCGAGAAACAGCAGCCUGCUUGCUUUCAACCGACACAUAUGCCGUUUGGGGCUGCGAGCGAAGACCACAGACCCAGAGCUGGCGCAGCAGGCCAGCAGAGCCAGGAAGCUUUGGGAAGACCGGCUGGGCUUAGAUGACUUUGCCCUGCACCUAGGCCUACCCCACUCCGACACACUAUCAAAAAUACACAAGCUCUUUGAUAAGAGGGGAGACGGGAAGAUAGAUGUGCGACAGUACGUCAUCGCUCUUUCUGCAGUUUGCCGGCUGUCCCGGCCCAUGGCGACUCUGAAACUAGCCUUUGAGAUGUACGAAACACACAGAGAGGACGAGGACUCAGUGUUGGAGGACACGGACGUGGUAGCCGUGUUGGAAGCCAUGCUGGGAGUUAGCGAUCAGGACUUCUCUGAACUCCUGAAAGCCGCCCAACCUGAGCCCACGGGGAAGAUCACAUACGGGGGUCUGCGCGGGGCGUUGGAGCAGGAGCCAGGCCUGGUCCGGCGGGGCAUGCGCUGCCCCAACACCCCGCCCUGUCACACCUCCAGCAACGGCUCCAACGGACGGCCAGGCCACCAGAAGCAUGACUGACGGGUGGCUGCAGGACCCCAAGACCCCCCCCCCCCCCCCCCCCGCUUGAAAAUAAUAUGAAAGAACGUUGUAAAAAAAAAAAAAAGAGGAAACGUUGUAGAACGGAACAAUUUAAGCACAGGUUUAUGAGAAGGAAAAGAAUGGGGGACUACUUAAGGUGACGGACUAAGAUCUCAGGUGUGUGAUUGGAUGGGAGCCAGGAAGUGUUAGGUCUGGCUGCUCUCUCCCUAUAGGUUCUGCUUCUUUGCCUCUUGGGUGUCAGGGACUCCAAGGCCAUUUAUGGACGCAUGGAUUAUUUCUUCUUUUUUUUAAUGAAUGGGAUGCAACUACACUGACUCUAUAUUUCUAAAUGUAUUUUCUUAUGUCAAACUAUGAAUAUUUAUUGUACCAGUUAACAAAAAGAGCAUUUAUUUUUAUGUUAUUGUUGGUUUUGUUACAUGGAACAUAAUAUUAUCAGUGGUAGAGGAUUGUUGACUAAUAUCAUAAUCGUCUAUACAUUAUUACUACAACAUUAUGCUGCUCAAAAAUAACCAAUCAGGAAUGACUGAAUGCUCUUUCUUUGCCAUACCAAAAACAUUCCAACAUUUAGCAGGCAUCUGCCAGACCUAAACAACUGCCAACAGACCAAUAGCAUUAGCUAUCUGCUUUAGCAUUUAGCCAAGGAACUGGAAGUAAACUGAAAUUAUAGGUUACUUCUGAUCUAAUAUGGAAAAAAUAUAAAAAAGGGUUUAAGCAUACGGCACAAUGAAUCUAAAAUAUGAGUGUUUCAAAGGGCCUCGCACACCAAGCAGCUAACAGAACCAAGAUGGCCGCCGGGUGAAUAAGGUCAAGGCCCAUGGCAGUUAGCCUAAAGACUAAACUUAAUUUCAAAGCUACUUUAUGUUCUGUGAUCUCCUACAAUGUUGCUCAAUAUAUAACAAUAUAUGACACCAGCCUACUGAUUCCAGACCAAAGCCGCCAUGAAGAUUCAGUUAAUCCAGCAGACUAGAAAAUGCACACAAUAGAUAGAUCUUUGAUGUAUUAAUACUAUCUUCUUUUCUCAAUGGCUUAACUUCACAUUCUGGAGUUCUACUCCUCAGGUUAGAUCUUUUUGUAUAUUUUGUAAGUUGAUUUUGUGAGGGAUUUAAUGCAUUCAUUUCUUGUCCAAACAUUUGUCUUACUUUUGGAUGCAGUUAUGCAAGAUUUUUAUUUUGGAAAAAUUAAAAGGCCUUUAUUCGUGCUUUUGAAACGUCCCCUUUCUGCCACUGGAUGGAGCUCUUCUUUCAGAAAUCUCACGCCGCUUCAGCUGGCCUGGUUGACGAUUUUCUUUGAACCCGAUGAACUGCAGCUGUAGCAUUCAAUUGAACAAACCCUUUUAGUUGCUUACGUUUAAUGAAAUGUAUUCUGUUAUGGCAACAUUUUGUUCUCUCACAAAUAAGCUGUUCUAACCAGAACAUAUAUUUGCUCGUGUUUGUAGACUGUGUGUGUGUGUGUCUGCGCGCGUG